GUAGAUGAACUUUGUGCGUUUGAGCGUCGUUUUUACGAUUGUACAUACAUGAAAACAUAACUCAAUUCAUUACAUUUGUGCGUGACUGACACCAGCUUUUGUUUGCACACGAAUACUAUUAGGAAAUCGGCUACGUUUUUUCGCUGCAACCGGAGAAUCAAUGCAUGAAAGUGUAUCCAUGGUGAUCUAAAGCGAGGGGUUUACCGCGGUUUAGCGUGUAACUGUUUUCUAAACUGCACGAUUUUAAAUGUCAUGUGAAACGCUCGCCUAAAGUUUGGAAGAUACAAGUGACGGUGUAAGUAAGUCCUAGGAAGAUGAUAGACACAGAAAAGAUUCCCACUGGAGGGGACGCCGCCUCUGCAAACAUUAGUGAAAAGAAGCGAGAGAAUGAGAAAAAGAAGAGGUCUCGAGUGAAACAGCUGCUAGCUGAUGUGAAGAAGCAGGUGGAAUUCUGGUUUAGCGAUGUGAAUAUUCACAAGGACAGAUUCAUGAAGAGCCUCAUUGAACAGUCAAGAGAUGGAUAUAUUGACAUAUCGGUGUUCACAUCAUUCAACCGAAUGAAGAAGUUAACAACAGAUAUUAAAUUGAUAGCCAGGGCUCUUAAAAAUUCAUCAUUAGUAGAGGUCAAUCUCGAGGGAACGCGAAUACGACGGAGGUGUCCGCUUGGUGAGAGUCCAAAAGAUGUGGACAGCCGCACAGUUUAUGUGGAGCUGUUGCCGAGGACGGUCAACCAUCUUUGGGUUGAGCGAGUGUUUAGCAAGUGUGGAAAUGUGGUUUAUGUCAGCAUCCCCAGGUAUAAGUCCACAGGCCACCCUAAAGGAUUCGCCUUUGUGGAGUUUGAGACAGAAGAACAGGCACAGAAAGCCAUAGAGGUGCUGAACAAUCCUCCAGAAGAUGCUCCAAGGAAGCCAGGCAUCUUUCCGAAGACCUGUAAAAAAAAAAAUAUCCCCUUUGAUGCUGUCCAGGAUACACAAGAUGAGGAAGAGGAUGGCAAGAAAAAGAAGAAAAAAAGAUCCCGAAGUGGGCAUAAAAGCAGUGCUGCUGAAGAAAUGGUAGUAGAUGAAGUGAAGGACACAGAAGGGACCACUGAGGCUGAGGUUACCACUGAGACAAAGAAAAAACUAGCCGAUGAAUUUACAACAGAAAACCCUGUAAUACCUACCAGCACGGCAGGCAAGAAAGCAGAGAAGAAGAGACGAAGAUCCCGCAGUGCUGAGGCAUCAAACGCCGAGGGCCAGGAUGGGAUGCCGGCCAAAAUGAGAAAAGUAGAAAAGGAAGAAAACAAGGAGAGUGACAUGAAAGAUUUGUCAUCUGAGGAGAGGAAUGAAGAACUGCUAGUUUCUGAAAAGAAAGAUGAUUCCAUAUUGAAGGCCAAGAGAAAGAGAAAGAAGAAGCAUAAGGAUAGAUUGAAAAUUGGCGAAGAGCUGCUCAUCCCACUCAGAGUCCUCUCAAAGAAAGAGUGGCUGACCCUGAAGCAGGAGUACCUGACAUUGCAGAAGCGAUGCAUGGCGACACUGAAACAUUCAGUCACUCAGAUCAAUCAGAAGCCCAUUGGGUGUGACAUCACGCAGACUAAAGAGCAUGAUAAAGAGGAUUCUUGUAAGGAUACAGCUAAGAAAGACAACCCCUCUGGCCCUGAAUUUGUGAGUGGAGUCAUUGUCAAAAUUAGCUAUAACCAACCGUUGCCAAGCAAGAAGUGCAUUAAGGAUACGCUCUCUGAGGUGUCAGCUGUGGCCUAUGUGGAUAUUCUUGAUGGAGAUGCAGAGGGUCACAUACGCUGCAAAAGUCCUGAAGAUGCACAGGCGAUCAUCACAGCUCGACCAGAACUGCAGAAAAAACACAACUGGAACCUUGAACUCCUCUCUGGUGACCAUGAGCAGAGGUACUGGCAGAAGAUUUUGGUGGACCGACAAGCAAAGCUCAACAGACCAAGGGAAAAAAAACGAGGGACAGAAAAGCUCCUUUCUAAAGCUGAGAAAAUCAUCAUCGCUCGGGCCAAGGAAGCAAGCAAGCACAUUCGCUUUGAUGACUGAUGGUCUCACUGAGCAAUAAUUCCUUAAAGGCAAAAUUUGAAAAUCAAUUUCAAAUUACUUUUGACAAUGAAUUGUAAAAUAUUUUUUUUCUUUUAGGCUUUUGUGUGUUUAUUAGACCUGUUAUUAAAGUAAUUAUAUGUCAAACUAAGUACUUUCUUUAAUUAGUGAUAAAGAUUUGUGUUUAAAAUGUUCCCUAAAGGAUUGAAUUACAUUGCAGAACUAAGAUGUCUGACAUAUCCACCAUUGUUUUUAGUUUUUUGUUUUUUGUUUUUUUGUGUAGCUUGAAAUAAUUCUUAGUCUUGCUGAUCUUUGAGUUUCAGGUGUAAUGUUUUAUUUUGCAUGAGAGAUAUUUUUUAAGUUGUUCACAGAUCCAGUUUGGUCUGUAAUGGAGUGUGUGAAGAAUGUAUUUAUGUAAAAUAUAAUAGUGUGCCAUUUUGUUUUUCUAAAUGAAGCAAGCAGGGUUACAUUUAAAUGGAUGCGGGGGGUUGGGGGUGAUGUUUUCACAUUGGCCCUUGUAAUGGAUUUUUUUAAAUAAAAUAAUUUUUU